GAGUUGUGGUGUUCGCGCUGACAGUGCAGUCAAACAAGUUUCCAUCCUGAUGAUUAGCAAUUUUAUAACAGUGGGUGAAUUUACAGUAGGUCGAAUUUCGUUUAUUUAUUUUUUGUUCACACAUUUAGUCGAACAAGGUGAAGUAGAAAAUGGCCUCAUAUUUUGAUGAGCAUGACUGUGAGCCCACGAAUCCAGAAGAACAGUACCGACAGAACGCCCUGCUGGAGCUUGCCAGGUCUCUGAUGCAGGGUCUUGACAUAGACUCGGGUUCAUUUGAUUUGUCGGAUUGGGACCAGCGCCUCCCGCCUCCUGCAGCCAAAGCCGUGGUUCAGAGUCUUCCUGUGGUCAUCAUCUCCCCUGAACAAGCAGAUAAAGCACUGAAGUGUCCGGUGUGUUUGCUGGAGUUUGAGGAGCAAGAGACGGUGAGAGAGAUGCCCUGUAAACAUCUGUUCCACACGGGAUGCAUCAUGCCUUGGCUCAGUAAGACCAAUUCCUGUCCCUUGUGUCGACUUGAACUACCCACUGACAAUCCAGACUAUGAGGAGUUCAAAAAAGACAAGGAACGGAGAAGGCAGAGAGAACACAGACUAGAGGAUCUACAUGGAGCCAUGUACACAUGACCUCAGCACCUUCAAGACUUGAAUAUGAAUUCAGCUUUCAGUUUGAUGGAAGUGAGCGUUUACCGCGCAGGGACCAGGCUUUAGAAUGAUUGCAUUUGUGUGUACUUGAAAACAAAGUUUUUAAUGUUAUCACUUUUAAGACUGCUUUUGUAUGGCUAUGCACUGAGAACUGUUUGUAUGGAACGGUAACGUAGCCCUAUAGACAUUUCUGAUUUCAUUAAACGUUUUAAAUGAAGCAGUUGCUUUUUUGUUUUAGUGUGAAAUUGUGUUUGUUCGCUCCGUGAUUUCAUAUUCAUUUGUUUUAUUCCCUGAAGAGAUUUCUUGCCUUUAAGUGCUGAAAAAAUAUUAUUGUGCUGAUAACCAAUGCCAUAGUUAAUACAAUAAUUCAUAGCAUGUACAGUGGCACACUUGUCACUGUAGGCAUGACUUUAUCAGUGAACUCUACAUUGCCCACUUUCCCAGUUAGGAAAUGAAACCCUUCUUAUGUAAUAUGGUAGACCUCUACCUCAUGAAAAAUGUAUGUGAUUUUUAGGUGUGUAAAUUAUUGCAAUGAUUCAACAUGCUUGUACUGACUAAUGAUGGAGCAAAAACACACUCUGAAUUCGUAAAAUGUUAAACUGUCUUUUCCAUAUUUUUAAAUAAAAAGUGAGCUUCUCUAA